CUGCUAAAUGCGGAAGUUCGAGUCAGGAAAUACUGACACGCUGUACAACUGACGGCUGAAAAAUGGCCCUCAAAUCUAUAAAGACCGAGAUAGUAGAGACACUGGAGGAUCUGAGUAAAGAAAAUGUGGAGAGGUUUCGAGAGCAGCUGAUUGACCGCAGAGAGGAGCCGCGGGUCCGUCGGUCUAAGGUGGAAGGAAAAACCCGAGCUGGGAUCGCCAACGUCCUGGUGUCCACCUUUACGGACGAGGGAGCCUUAAGGGUGACUCUGGAAAUACUGAGAAAGAUCUACUGCUACCAAGAAGCCAAGGAGCUCGAAUUGAGAACCCGGACCCGUGUAAAUAAGGGUGAUCCUAUCUUCCGUAGAACUUCAGAUGGACAUUUGGACCUCAGUCCGUCACAGGAGGCUCUGAACGUGCAAAGAAAUCCUCCCAACAUAUGUGACUUUGAAAGGCUCAAUGAAAAUACCUCACCAGAAAAGGUUGAGGCUAUGGCAAGGGCUUCUGCUAUCGCCAAGGGUUUGGACCCUUAUGAUCACCGUGUGGUUCUGAGUCAGACUGUAAUUAUUUAUGGAGCAUACAAAUCCCGAACCAUAAAAUGGCUUUUAGAAAAUGAUCUUAAGUAUGUUGUUAAGACUGUGUCCUACCUCCUGAUGGAGAAAGAAGACCUGUUAAAGGAUCAGACAUCAUUAAUGGCAAAUAAGGAUGCUUUGGCUCAGUAUGCAAUGGCUUACCCAGAGGUCGCUGAACUCAUCAGACUUUACCGUCAGAAAAUCAAACAAGAGAACAGACCGUCACAUACAGGAAAUCACCGGCUUCACCUGCAGUACAUACAGCAAGAAACCAACGAGAAGGGACUCUAAAGACACCUCCAGGUUGGUGUCAUGGCUCUAGUCUGUUCAGCAAAUGUGUCGACCUCUCAUAUGGACCACAUGAGGACUUCUGCUGAUUAAAUGUUGAACCAUCUUCAAACUGAAUCUGAUUCAGAGACUGACUGAGGACGGAGCCACUGUGACAUCACCUGUUGGUUUAUGGACUUCUGUUUUGGAACUUUUUGUUUUUGGAUGUUUUUGGAGCCAGAAUGAACCAUAUUUGGACAAAAGGGGAAACCUAGGGAAGCAAAAGGGAUUGGAGUGAUCAAGAUUUCCGUUGUUAUAUGGAUGACUGAUCAUCGUUGCUGACUGAAGAAGAUGCAAGUCAUCCAAAAUUCAGCUGCCAGGGUGUUAAAUAUAUGCAGGAAAACGUGUCUUUAUUUUUGUAUCAUUCUGCUGGAUGUUCCAAACCAUCCCUCAGGUCUUCUAGGUUCCAAAAAUGAACUACAGCAUUAUUCUUUUCUGGAAUUAAUUGCCACCAUAAACUAUGCAAGAAACAUCAGUUAUUUCAGAAACUGAUUAAGACACUGAAGAUCUGUUUUCAUGGCCUUGCUUGUAUUAUAUUUUUCUUUACAAGUGCUUUUGUUUUUACAUUGUUUUAUGAACAUUUAUAUGCACUUAUUGAGCCAUUGUCUUUUAUGUGUUGUGGCAGUAGUUUUUCUGUGCUAAUACCAUUUUUUUGUCUUACUUUAUUAUUUUAUCUUAUUCUAUUGAGCAGUGUGUGCCUAAUUUUGUGUAUGGAAAGUUAUGUAUAAAUACAGUUUAUUACCAUUGUAAUUAAUAUUGUCUACAUAUUUAUUUUUUUAUAUUAUUAUAUUUAUUAUUAAGAAUAGGUAGUGAGUCUUGGACAGUUGGAAUGGUUCCAAUAGCUGAUUUGUGUUGAAGAAACUACACCAGGAACAAUUGGGCUGGUGUUACAAUAUGACAAGGCAUCAAAACACCACAUUAAUAAGCAGGAUGCAGGACGUUGAGCUGGUCUGGUCAUGCAGAUCUUGUUUUUUAAUGAAUAUUUAUAGUGAGCAGAAUUAAUGUAACUAUAUCAUUCUAACUAGCGUAUUUGACUACUAAGUUCACCAACACAGAAAACAAUCUCAUGUAUAAAACACACUAAAUACAUUAAAGCAACAUAGGAAAGAUAGUGAAAGAAAAAUAAGAGGUAAAUGGAGAAAUAAAGAGGCCCAUAUGCUGGAGAUGUCCAUAACUCACAUUCCUCUGCAGGGGUUCAUGUAAAGCAGCUGUAUGUUUCUCACAUAACAUCUUACCACAAAAACUAAAUGUAGAAACUAAAUAUUUCAAGGGUAAUUCAGUUUGUAGCCUAGAACUAACACUGGUCUACAACUAAAGUGCCUCCACUCACUAAUAAAGAAAAAUGAAGUAAAUGAUGGUGGUUGGCUGUAGUUUUCAAGACACAUUCGUCUCAUUCAAGUUCCAGACUCCAACAUUUUAACAAUAGUACCCCUCUUACUAAAUGUUUUGUACCUUUGUAGAUCCACUGCAAUCUGUAAUGCACAUGUGUAAAUUAAUUGAGGCAUAGUAAAAUUGCAGGAUGCUCAGGUUAUUCCCUUUGUCUAAGGUUUGUAAGUGUAAACAUUUUCAGAAUUUAAUUUAGCUUUUUUUUGCCAUAAAAUAAAGAUAAUAGUUUGGA